GCUUUAAGGUUCCAUAAAUUAAGAAAAUAAAAAUAAUCUAGUAUAAACAAUCCUUAAAAUGAAUGGAUCUAGGAUAGCUCUUUGUGACGACUACGAGCACCCAGAUAGUAUAGAGUAUAUAUUGGAAUCGGUUUUGAUGCCGAGCGAUGACAGUUUAGAUUUUGAACGUUUGGCGGAUGAGUACAAUUCUGUUCUUCUGAACCAAUGUUUCUGCAAUGGAGCCUGCGAAAAUAGUGAAAUCUGUCCACAUGGUGCUCAAUAUGAGUGCUUAACGGAUGGGGGAGAAUUAGUACUCAGGAAAUCCUCAAAUCCCGUCAUUGAGUGCAAUGAUUUAUGCAAGUGCAGUAGAACCACCUGCUCCAAUCGGCUUGUGCAGUACGGCCCAAGGGAAAAUCUGGAAAUAUUCGAUUCUCCAGUUUACAAAUCCAAAGGUCUGCGCACAACGGUAAACAUUCCAGAAGGUGGAUACAUUUGCGAAUAUGCCGGAGAACUUUUAACCGCAUCGGAAGCCAAAAGACGCUUGAAGAUUAAUGAAGAACUUGGCGUGAUGAACUACGUCCUGGUUCUAAACGAAUAUACCAGCGAAAAGAAGCAACAGGUGACCAUCGUGGAUCCUUCCAGACGUGGAAACAUCGGGCGAUACCUAAACCACAGCUGUGAACCCAAUUGCCAUAUAGCAGCAGUACGAAUCGACUGUCCUAUACCGAAAAUAGGUAUUUUUGCAGCCCGGGAUAUUCGGGCCCAGGAGGAGCUGUGCUUUCAUUACGGCGGAGAGGGGCAGUAUAAAAAGGUAACAGAUGGAAAGACUUGCCUCUGCGCUGCUCCAAAUUGCAUGGGUUUCAUGCCAAACACUGCAAUUGAGUAA